CCGAGUAAACGCUCUAAGAGCUUCUACUCUAUCUCUAAAGUAUAGUGUCCAUAAACACAUUCAGUUUUUUUGUUACAACUCAUUACUUUUAAUCACUACUUGUUACGAUCAAAACAGUCCGUGUUCCACCUGAAUGAGCCGUUAAUGAUUAUUCGCACAUUAGUAAUUGCUGUAAAAUGUAUGUUGUGCGACACGUCAUACAAACUCCUCAAAAUCUUUUUCCACCCUUGUCACACGUAUUAAAUGACACAUGUCACACGAGUUGGCUUAAGAAGCCUUUUGAUUUAUGGUUUCAGAUCCCAUUUUUGAUUGGUAGCAAGAAAAACUGAAGCAAUAUUCUAGCGCAGUCAUCAUGAAUCAGCAAUUUACAACGACUCAUCAUUUUUAAGAACUAAACAUUGAUCAUUUAGGAAUUACAUUUACAUGUAAGAUGGCAGCCGAAGGACAAUCUGCUGAUAGUUCUGAGCAAGGUACUCCAAGCCGCAGGAAGGAAAGUAUAAGCGAAGUCUUUAUACCAAAGGACACAAUCGACCAGCCAUGCGAUGUUGUUUUGUUGGUCAAAGAUGGCAAAGAAUUCAAAGCUCACAGACGAAUUCUCUCAGAGGCCAGUCCUUUCUUUGAAAAGCUGCUGAACAGCGACAUGAAGGAGACUCAAGAAGGAGUAGUUAAGUUGGAGAUGUUUACCGAGUCAGUCAUAGCGGCCACGCUACAGUUUAUUUACAUCGGCGACGUUCAUAUAUUGGCCGAAGACAAUGCCCGAGACCUGAUCGUUGUGGCCGAUUAUUUGAUUCUUGACAAACUAAAACUUCUCGCUGGAGGGGUUUUAGUUCAGACGCUGAACGCAUCAAACUGCAUUUCAACUUACUAUUUUGCUGAAAGGUAUCAAUGCGAAGACCUUCUUUCGAACACUAAGAAGUUUUUCCUUGCAAAUUUUACCUCCGUAUAUGUUACGAGCCGUGAAGAAGUUUUGAAUAUGUCGAGCAGAGAGGUUGAAAUGUGGAUUUCAAGUGAUGAGAUAGAUGUUAGCGCCGAGGAAGAUGUGUUCAAGAUCAUUCUAGCAUGGAUUGACCGUGACAGAAGCCGGCGAAAAAGAUAUUUCGUCGAGUUAUUUCGUCACGUUCGGCUUGUCUACGUAUCACAUGACUUUCUACGGCAUGACAUCUUGACAGAAGAACUUGUAAAAGACAAUGACAGCGCUCUGACGCUGGUAAAGGAUGCCAUCAACUUAGUUGACUCUCAAAACUACGAUAGUUUCUUUGUUCCACCUCGUAAGUCGCUCGAGACCCCUGUCUUAGUGAUCAAUGGGGGUGAAAACAUCCUGUGUUACUUUCCUCGUGAGAAUGGCUGGUGCAAGUUAGGUGAGAUACCAGCUGAAUUUAUCAUGCAUGGCAAAUUUGUCCCUUGUGACGGUCAGUUGUACAGUACCAUACAGGAGGCGUCAUACUAUAUACCUCGAUCUUUAAAACAGGUAACAUAUAAUCCAUACUCUAACAAAUGUGUACGAUUACCAUCCUUGGAAGAACCAUGGCGAUAUUUGAGGAGAAUAUUUGUUAGAAAUGGCGAUGAAAUGUACGCUUUGAUGUCUGAACCAUGUGUCAUGGACCAUUUAUUAAACUGGCGGAUCCGUGACGGACGGCGGACAAGUCGGCGCGUUUCCCGUGUUGACUUUUCUGGAAGAGAAACAGAGCAAAAGUGUGGCAGCCGAAAACAUACUUCCUUCCUCGCGAAGUACAAACCGGAAACAAAUUCAUGGGAAGAGGUAUCAUCAUUUGAUCAUUUGGAUCAGAGAGAAGAUUUUUGCAUUGUAGCCAAAGAUCAUUUUAUCUAUUUUAUUGGAGGCAUAUUAUGGCCUGCUGGUAACGAGUGCACUUUCCUUUCCAAUGUUGACAGGUAUGACGUGAGCAAAAACAAAUGGGACAAAGUAGCUGACAUUCAAAUGGCGAGAAAGUGGGCUCAAGGAGCUGCUGCUAACGACAAAAUCUACAUUGCUGGAGGUGUUUCUCAGGGGUCGUGGCUGCCAGAAAGCUGUCAAUGUGAGGUGUACGAUGAAACAACAAAUGAAUGGCAGUUUAUAACAAGCUUCAGACUUGGACCGGGAAGAUUCAAAACCCUUCUGGCUGUUGACAACGAGGUUUAUGCCUUGAGUUGCAUAACUGACGGCUUCCGGUACGGAGAAACCAGUGUAAGAGUUGAAUGUUAUAACCCUGAAGAGAAUAAGUGGACGAUCAAAACUAGACUGCAAGAUAUACGCAAGGAAGGGAGUUGUGAACCACGAGUCAUUUGCUCAAUGAAACUUUUCAAAGGAUUAAUCAACAUGCGACAGAGGGUGGAAUCGUUCAGUCCUUCCUAUAGGCUUCCUGGAGCUGCUAAAACCCAGCCUUCAUUCUCUGCCAACAGUACCUGAGCUGAAAAUGCAUAAUCAUGAGUACUCUUGUUUACUAUAAAUCUCCUGUCCAAUUAACAGGAGCUAAUUGAAUUCGAGCCGAGCCAGAUGCUUAUCUGUGUUACGAAUGAUGACCAAAAUGUAAAAUUUUAAGGCUGGUUUUAAUAACGGACUCAAUAAGAACCAGUAAGGUGCUAUUAAGAAGCCGCGCUUCAGGCAAGGAAAACGGAAAAAAGGCGCUUAUUAUCAGCAUCUCAGUGCGACUGCGUGUAUUGCUUUUCAGCUUAUGCGUGCGCAACAGUGAUCAACACGCUCUACUGGUGAAGAUGUCUAUCGUCCAAAAACGAUGUUUUCCAAGUAUUCAGUUCAAACUAUCAGUAUUCUAUGGUGAAAACUAUCGUCAACGACUGACUCUGAAAAGCUGGUCCACCAACUCUGAUCUACCGACACCUAACAAGCGACCUAUUGACGUCAUAAGUAAAACCAAGUUAAACCGAGGAACAAAGUGACUUAAGUUUAAACCAUAGCACAUAAACAUCGUACGCUGGACAAAACUGUUCUGGAUCGACGUUUUUCGACAUAAAAUUAAGACGAAUAAACUGUAUCAAAUAAUUUUGUGAUUGUCUUAAACUUUAUUAAAUUCCACACAUGGAAACUUAUUUUUAUAUGGAUCAGGCAAGAAGGGCUUGCGUUACACCUUGUCCAAAUUUGGAAACUGAGUCACACAAGUAUGCAUAAUCACGUGAUUUCUGAGAAAAAAAAAAGUCACAUUUGGAGUGUUGUUUUGCGAAGAAACUCUUCACGUGCUUGUGGAUAUUUUUGUCAAGAUUUUGACCAGAAAACAUGAGAAAGAUUUAAAACUUAAUUGGUACUCGGAUACGAUACUGUCUUCAGAAACUGAUCUUCUUUGAAGUCUUUAAACUGUUCUUCCCUCUAGAUCGGUCUUCGUCUGUUUUGAAGAUGGCUGCCUUUAGUUCAAGUUCGUACAAGUCACAAUUGCCUAAAAUACUGCUGUGUUAAAGCGUUGGCGACCAAGAACCGGAGACGCUACUAUUUGUGCUUUUAGAAAUGUUUCCAGACCCGUUUUUGGGCUCAUCUAACAGCUUGAAAUGACUUUGUUUGGUUUGCCUUGAGGCCCUUCAGUGGUAGCAUCACAACCGGUAAUCUUUGAUUUAAACCGCUGAUGCAGGAUUAUAGUGCUGUUAAGAUAGAUUAUCGCUUUGUUCCUCAUGCCAUCUCGUCGAAUUCAUGAAAAAAAAAAAAACAUCCACAAACACGUAACGAUGUUCUUCGCACAACAACUCUGGUCUAACAUUGCGAUGGCGAUGUAAACCAUAACUAUUUUUUUCGCACAAAUCGUGCAAUUUUCCGUACUUUCAUAGUUUGUGAUUCAGUCCGCAAAUUUAGGUACGCUGUAACGCAAGUCUUUCUUGCGUGAACUGUAUGAAAAUAAAUUUCCAUGUGUAGAAUUUAGUAAGGUUUAAGAUAAUCACAAAAUUUUGUGCAUCGCUUUGUUUCUUUUAUUUUUUUGUCGUAAUACGUCGAUCCAUGACAGUUUUGUCCAGCAUACUAAGCAAUGUACGCAGAUUCAGUUAAGUCUGUUUUUUAUUUGGUCAGAUUGUAUAAAUCAUUGUCCUGACCAAGCACGAUGAUUAUUCUGGCUGUGAAUCAACAAAAAUGGAUGGUUUAUAAUUAAAGAUCUUUUUUGGAACAAAAUUUCCUUGUCUAUACGAAAAAAUCUAACAAAAUAAUUUGCGACAACCGGGAGAUAAAAUACCCCGACUGUUUACUGAUUUUGGACAAAGAUUUAGAAAUUCCCUGACCUGAUACAAAAUUCCCUGACUU